AUGGCCGAGGAGCUCAAAAUGCUCGCGACCUCGCCACAUUGCGCCACGCCCCCCGUCAACGCUUUCACACUGCCCCAGUUGAAGCGCAAACGAUCCGACUCCAAUGAUUCAGCCACAGGUCGAGAUGUCCCGGUCGCAACUAAGCUACGGACCGAUGAUGCGCCUGCUCCGAUUGUCACACUCAAGCAACGCCCCUCUACAACCGAAACCCACGCGCACAACCUAUCGCCAGCUCCCCUACCAGAUCCAUCGUCCGACAACAAGUCAAGCCAGUCGCCACCUUCCCCGGAAAAUCGGCGAUCGGGUCCCUCUGACCAUGCACGCGACAAACCGGACGCGCGCGAGCGCAAAGUGGAUGUAGAUCGGCUACGGGAAACCUUGGAAGCCCAGCUGAGUCUGGAAGUGUUGUUGAAGCACAACGAACUCCGGUUGAUCGACCAGGAGAUCGCCAAAUGUCAAGUCGCGUUAGAACAGUUGCGGCGAUGCGCGGAAAUCCCCUACCCCGGCUCUUGUGUCACCGGCCCUUUGCAGUCCGUCAGCAAUGGAACGGGUGCAUCGGUCUGGGCUCCUGGAAAUGGACCUGCGCCGCUUUCUCCAGCGCCCUGGAGCGUUACGGACGGCCCUUACUCCCGCCACUAUGCCCGAUGGCUCCUUCAGGACUCUCGCUUUGACGGAGGCGACCCCGAACCUGGAACCCCGAUGGCUGUUGCUGGUACUCCUGUGGUGGAAGGUCGCUCAACCCGUGGAAAUCCUAUCGACCUGGGUUACUUGGCUGGCAAGUCCACCCGGCCUCAACGAGGAUCGGCUGGAGCCAAGCUACAGUCUCUACCUACUGGGUACCCGCCACCAAAGGAAAGAGCUGGUCCCAUGAUCAUUCGACGAAAAUCGGAUGGUAUUUUCGUCAAGCUCGUUUGUCUAGAUUGCCGGAGGGACAACUUCUCGAGCACUCAGGGGUUUAUCAACCAUUGUCGUAUCGCCCAUAACCGCAACUUUGCCAGCCACGAUGCCGCCGCGAUGGCCUCUGGCGAGCCGGUGGAAGUUGAUGAGGCGGGGGCUGUGGUUGGCGGCAAGCCUGAACCUCCGGCCGGGGUCGCUCCCGGCUUUGUCCACCCUCUGAUCCGCUCAGCUCAUGUGAUUGAGUCAACAACCCCAAGGACACCACCACUGUCUUCCGCGUCUUCCGCCUCGGAAAUCUCGAAGCGGCCUUCCCCUAGCCGAAAUGCAUCGUCGACGGUGGAGACACCUCGCCUCCUUUCUGCCCAAAGCCUCCGGGACGGGCAGAAUACCCCUGUCACGGCGAAAGCCUCGAACGAUGCAUUCAUGGCCUCUGUCGACACCCCCCACCUAUCGUCCCUCAUGAAGCUGAGGGGUGUCGUCGGACUUGAUCUGGGCCAACUGGUAGGGGAGGCCAAGACGACCGUAGACCUGAAUGGAUAUUCCUCUGAGGAAGGCGAAUCGGAUACGGAAUCCAUGUCGCCAUCUGUCACCUUGAAGCUCAAAUCGAAGCCGCUCGGGUCUCAUGUUGGACGACAGCCGAUGCGAACCACAGCUUCACAAACGGCUUCCCAACGGCCAGACGGUCACAAGGGGCCUGACAAAAUCAACCAUAAGCCACUCUCCUUGGAGACCUUGACGCCUACCCGCCCUACUAUGCCUUACCAGUCUCCUUAUGGGCCCGUGAGUUCCCACCCCGAGGAGCUGCGGGAAGUUGACGGGAUGGAUCAUGUGUCAAACAUGAGUCCAAACACUGUGGAGUCCAAUCAAGCGCCCAGUCUGGUGAGCGAUGAUGAUGAUGACUAUGAAGCAGCAUCGGAUUCGGACAGUCCCGGGCCGAGCUCGUCUGAAGCGGAAGAUGCCGAGGACGACUUUAGCCAUAUCGAUGUAGAGGACGACGAUGACACCACCACCUCGACAACCGCAAGCGACCCUAAUCCCAAGGCGGGCGUGGGCAUGGCCAGUGCUGCGGCUCCUCGCGCGUCGCCCAUGCCAAAGGCAAUGCGACGCGGCAGUGUGAGGAAGCAGGGCCAACUGAUUUCAUCAUCUGUAGUACCGCUCGAUGGAGGCCGAGAGGAGAAACGCGUGAGCUUUGCCAGUCCGGGGAGCAGCCCGGCGAAAGGCAAGAAGGAUGGGAGUGGACGACGAUAA